AUGGCGCACUAUGCCGUUAAUAACAGUGCACCCCGACCGGAGUCUUAUCUUACUGACUACCUCACGGCCAACGACCCGACGCUUACGACGCCCCUUACGGACGAUGAACGCGCGGAACUGUACUCUGAGCUUGCCACCGGUGCCGAGAGUGGCUGGGAUUUCUCCACUCGAUACGUUAAACUCCCCCUUGCUGGUGGAACCAACAACACGAACCCGGCACUGAGAUCUUAUAACAUCAAGAAUACUAUUCCCGUUGACUUGAAUAGUAUUCUUUACGCUGCGCACAGCUCCUUGGCCGACUUGUAUGACUCCCAAGGUAACUCCUCCGCUGCCUCCUCGCACCGCUCGACCGCCUCCACCAUCCGUGCCGGCAUCCUUGACCUUUUCUGGGAUUCAACCAAGCUUGCGUUCUAUGAUUUCAAUAUGACCUCCAACGCUCGCAACAGCAUAUUCACCGCUGCGACGUUCUACCCGCUUUGGAACGGCAUUGUCCCUGACGAGGUGAUGAACUCUACGCAGAACGCCUUCGGUGUCUUCUCUGCCGUCAACAUGGUCCUCAACCGUUACAACGGGACGAUGCCCCCCACUUUUAUGGAGUCCGGCCUGCAGUGGGACGCCCCGAACGCGUGGCCGCCGCACCAGCACAUCAUCAUCGAGGCCCUCAAGGCGCUCCCCGCGAACGUCUCGUCUGGCGCGCUGCCGACGCCUGGCAACAACCAGUCGACGUUCGACCUGAUCCCACAGGGCCAGCUGUCGCUCUCCGAGGACCAGCUCCCCGGCCAGCUCGUCAUUGGCAUGGGCAACGCGACGAAGACGGGCCCCGGCGCGGACAUCAACACGCUCAACGGCACCGUCGUCAACGGCGGCAACGCCACCGAAGGCGAGGGCUGGAGCCAGAUGCUGCAGCGAGAGCUCGCGAAUCGCUACUUUGCGAGUGCGCUCUGCAGCUGGCACGCCACCGGCGGGUCGAUCCCGAACGUCCUGCCGCGCCUGUCCGACCAGGAGCUCAACGUCACGCAGAGCACCAACAACACUGGCAACAUGUUCGAGAAGUUCUCGAUCUCGGACCCCAACUCGGCCGGCAGCGGCGGCGAGUACACUGUCCAGGCAGGCUUCGGCUGGACGAACGGCGUCGUGCUCAUCCUCGCGGCCGAGUACGGCAACGUGCUCGUGGCGCCGCAGUGCCCCAGCCUCCUUGCGGAGGCGGCGUCCAUGAACGCGUCCACGUCCACGUCGGCGACGACCACCGGCUCGAACGGCGCCGCUCACAGCCUGCCGUCUAUGUUCGAGAAGUUCUCGAUCUCGGACCCCAACUCGGCCGGCAGCGGCGGCGAGUACACUGUCCAGGCAGGCUUCGGCUGGACGAACGGCGUCGUGCUCAUCCUCGCGGCCGAGUACGGCAACGUGCUCGUGGCGCCGCAGUGCCCCAGCCUCCUUGCGGAGGCGGCAUCCAUGAACGCGUCCACGUCCACGUCGGCGACGACCACCGGCUCGAACGGCGCCGCUCACAGCCUGCCGUCUGUCGCUGCGAUUGCUUUGAGUGGUCUGGCGGCUACGGCGUACCUUCUUUGAGUGUUGGACUUGGAGUGGUUGGUUGGACAAUAAGCUUAGGGUGGCAUCGCAUCAGCUGGUGGACACUCAUACUGACUCUUCGUGCAAUGAACUUGUGGUGUCGAUGAUGAAUUGAUGAUGUAAUGUUGCUGUGCUAUCAAAAGUAUGCGCCGCCGUACGUACUGUCUUUAUACUAUGAUGUAUCAUAGGUUCGUUCUAGCAGAGAUUUCUGGUGGUUCAGAGAGA